UUUUAGAGAGCUUUGCGGCCAAGCCCUCAAAGGGUGAGGCCUAGAGUGCGAGAGAGAGAAGGAGCCAAGCCCAGGACGCUCCCUCACACGCAGACGUGAGUUUCUCCUCUGCCUUUGGCUGUGCAGGACACAACUUUCUUUCCCCUCCCUCUCUGCAGUGCCCCAACACCCACGCAAGGAAGUGGUUACAUUCCCCCCCCCCCCCGAGCAGAGGCGAAAAGGGAAGUCAGAGCGAGCUUUCAGAGUUUCCUCUGAGGCUGGCUCAGCCCUGCUGCUUGUUCAUGUCGACUGCUCAGAGUCCAUGAACUAGGUCGGGCCUCCUUUUCCAGACCCUGGAGGGAAGACCACAGCUCUGCCUCACUCUCUCACGUUCCUUCGCUGCCUUCAAGUUCUAUCCCACCUCUUCUCCAAGGAGCUCAAGGUGGCGUGGUUUAUGGUUCUCCUCCCUCUCCAUUUUAUCCGCACAAACCCCCUGCGAGGUUGAGAAGCCAUGGCGUACCAAAGUUUCCUGCUGGAGCCAAUCAGCUGUCAUGCAUGGAACAAGGACAGAACCCAACUUGCCAUCUGUCCCAACAACCAUGAAGUUCACAUCUACAAGAAAGACGGGGCAAAGUGGAGCAAAAUCCAUGAGCUGAAGGAACACAACGGGCAGGUGACGGGCAUUGACUGGGCCCCAGACAGCAACCGCAUUGUGACCUGUGGGACAGACCGGAACGCCUACGUGUGGACCUUGAAGGGCAAUGUGUGGAAGCCGACGCUGGUCAUCCUGCGGAUCAAUCGGGCCGCCCGUUGUGUGAAGUGGUCUCCGAAAGAGAACAAGUUUGCCGUUGGCAGCGGCUCCAGGCUCAUCUCCAUCUGCUACUUUGAGCAAGAGAAUGACUGGUGGGUUUGUAAACAUAUCAAGAAGCCCAUUCGAUCGACAAUACUUAGCCUGGACUGGCACCCCAACAAUGUUCUCUUGGCAGCUGGAUCCUGUGACUUCAAAUGCAGGAUUUUCUCUGCUUACAUCAAAGAGGUUGAGGAGCGGCCAUUGCCUACCCCCUGGGGGUCCAAGAUGCCCUUUGGAGAGAUCAUGUUUGAGUCGAGCAGCAGCUGCGGCUGGGUCCACAGCAUCUGCUUCUCCGACAGCGGCAGUCGUGUGGCCUGGGUGGGUCAUGACAGCACCAUCUGCCUCGCGGAUGCCAACAAGAAAAUGGCUGUGGCCUGCCUGUCCACGGAGACUCUGCCCCUCCUGGCUGUGACCUUCAUCACUGAGAACAGCCUGGUGGCUGCAGGACAUGACUGCUGUCCAAUGCUCUUCACCUAUGAUGAGCAGCAGGGCAUUCUGACUUUCGGAGGGAAGCUGGACAUCCCCAAACAGAGCUCCCAACGCGGCCUCACGGCUCGCGAGCGCUUCCAGAACCUGGAUAAGAAGGCCAGCUCUGAUACUGCCAAUGCCACCCUGGACACGCUCCACAAGAACAGCAUCAGCCAAAUAUCUGUGAUUGCUGGUGGGAAAGGCAAUUGCUCCAAGUUCUGCACCACAGGAAUGGAUGGGGGCAUGAGCAUAUGGGACAUCAAGAGCCUGGAGUCUGCGAUGAAGGGCCUGCGCAUCAAGUAAAAGGACUGCUGAAGAGCAAUCCAUGGUCAGUGGCACUUCUCCCUCCUUGGAGCCCAGGAAGACGGAAGGAAGAUUCCAGUCUGCCCGCUUUAAGCUUCCUUCCUGCCAUUUAACAAAAACUAAGAGACAACCAUCCCACCAGCUACGAGCUUUGCAGAUUUUCUGUGCCCUAUGGGCAAAGCGAAAAAUGGGAGACUAAUUAUUAGUGUUCAAUAAAAAACAGAUAGUCUGGUCACAA